UUCCAGGCUCACAUUAAAUUCCCUAUUGACUAUCCAUAUUCACCACCUACCUUCAGAUUCCUGACCAAAAUGUGGCAUCCCAACAUUUACGAGAAUGGAGAUGUAUGUAUUUCAAUUCUUCAUCCACCUGUAGAUGACCCACAAAGUGGAGAGCUGCCCUCUGAGAGGUGGAACCCUACCCAAAAUGUCAGGACUAUCUUACUGAGUGUAAUCUCGCUGCUUAAUGAGCCCAACACGUUCUCUCCUGCCAACGUGGAUGCGUCGGUCAUGUUCAGGAAAUGGAGGGACAGUAAAGGAAAAGACAAGGAGUAUGCUGAAAUCAUAAG